AUGAGUCUCACUGUGAUGAAAGUGAAAACCCCCAGGUUCAGGCUAGGCAACAUCAAUGUCGAAAGCUUCGUAUCUGACUCGGCAGCGCCUUCAUUCGACACGAAAUUCACAACCCAAAUCAAGAUCAAGAACUCAGCCAACUGGGGUUCCUACAAGUUCAAUGCUGCCAAUAUCACGUUUCAACAUCAAGGAGCGACUCUGGCAGUAAUUGAUAUCGCAAAGGGUAAGGCUGGAUGGCUUUCGACCAUAAAAAGAACUGCAGAGGUGAGUUUGAAGUCAAGUGCAAUAAAUGGUUCAAACUUUGGAAGUGAAUUGAGCAACGGGGUCUUGACGCUCAACAGCGUAGGAAGAUUGAACGGAAAAGUUGCAAUUAUGUUCAUCAUGAAGAAGAAGAAGGCCGCCAACAUGAACUGCACCAUAGCUUUUGAUGUGGCAGUCAAGAACGUCAAAUCUUUACACUGCAAGUGA